GUCCUUGUUCUUUUCUACCCAAUUUCUUCUUCUCCUUUAUAGCGUAUCCCACUCCUCAUUAUUCAUGUCUGCUUCCUCCUCCUCCUCCUCCUCCUCCUCAUCACAAGACGGCAAUGGCGGUGCUUAUGUUCCUGGUAGGAGAGGAGGUGAUUUCGAAGGUCCUUCGUCUUCUCGUCGUCGUGCUCUCAACGAGGUAUGGCCCGAGCCUUUUCUCGAAGCUUUAGCUACCCAAGUCGCCAUCGAUGCUUCUCGCUCUUCUGGCCGCCUCGCCGCAGCUCCUGCCCUUGCCAAUGUCUUCCAGGUGUGUUCUACGUGGCGAGCAGUCUCUCGCUCUGAUCUUUUGUGGCAGCGUCUAACGAGUCAAGUUUGGGGAAGGACCCUUCUCCUACAAGCCACAUGGCGAGAUGAAUUCUUGUACCGUCACCAAACAGCGAGAAAUUUCCAAACAGGGAGAUACAUGCAUGUUACCCUCCAUUAUGACCAAUCCGACAUAGAUGACUCGGAGGGAUUAAUGUGUCGUUGCCUUGCCCUCUCUGAUCUUUACCUAGCAUGUGGAUUUGCAGAUGGCACAGUCCGUAUAUUUGACUUAGCCACGCAUCGCCACAUUAACACAUUUAGGUCCCAACACCCUCAUCGUUUUGGUCGCUUUUCACGAGCCGUCUCUGGCAUUUUCAUUACAGGCUCUAGAUUGGUAUUUGCUACGUUGGACGGCUACAUUUAUGUGGUGGUCAUAAAUGGGUCAAAUCAACCUCGCCCAGCCCACAUGGGCGACGUGGUUAAUGAUGGAGCAUUGGUGGACUUUGCAGGUAGUGGGCGUUGGUGGGUGGGUCUCUAUGCGGGUGUCCCUGGUCGAGCCUUCCACAUAUGGGAUGCUCACACUGAGGAGCUAGUAUUUGUAGGUGGUACCUUAACCGACCCUGAAUCUGUAAUGGGUUGGCACAUGUUGAUUGAGUUAACAGAGUUCGUGGGUCGAGUUCGAGUCACAAGUCAAGAAUCAGCAGUGGCAUGCACAAGGCUGAGAGAAAUAGUGUUUGACCUAAGAGAGCAAGUGGUGGUGCGUAGAGAUAAACAACAUAGAAGGGGGGUGAUUGCCACCACAGUUGAUGUAAAUAACGAGGCGUAUGUUGUGGUAGAUAGUCGCGGUUUGGCUAUAGUGCGUCAGGUGGAUAGCUUGGAGCAGGUGUGUAGGUUUAGGGUUCCGGGUGCAGCACAAGGGAAUAUUAUGGGGUGCAUGAACUCAGGUUAUGCAUUAAUUUGUGUGGCAGGUAUAAUAAGUGUGUGGGAGAUAAAGCAAGGUGGGUAUUUGUACAACUUUAGAGAGAGAAUGGAAGGGGUGAAUACCAUUGUUGUAGAUGAGCGUCACAUGGCGGCACUAGACAACGAUAAUAUCAUACACUUAUGGGAUUUUGGUGCACAAUAGAGGGUAAAUUGGGGGUAUGAAAAAGUUGAAAUGAUAAUUAAUCAAUUCAUGAAGAAGGGAGGGUGAGGUUAAGCUGACUAAAGAAGUGUACUUAGGGGAGAGUGACACGAGAGAGGAGAUGAUGAUGGGCAUGGGUGUGUCAUAUGCUAUUUUGGGGACCUUUUGUUAGUUCGAAAAAUAGGGUUGAUCCUUACGACAUUGGUUGGUUGUUUUUGUUAAAAUAGGGUUGUUUUUUUCCUCUUCGAAGCUCUCAUUAAUUAUGUUGUA